AUGGAUGCUAUACCAAUAGUAUCUUUAUCUUUGUCCCCAUCAAAAGAUUCAACAUGUUUAUUUUUUAAAAUAUGGAGAAAUAAUUACCUAAGAUCCAAUAUUAUUCAAUGGUUACCAUCUAUUAAUCAUUGCUAUGAUAUUUCAGAAUAUUAUUUAUAUUAUGACAAUUCAAAUAGUAGCGAAGAAGAAGAGGAAGAUGGUGUACAUUUCGAAACUAAAGGCUUUGACGAGAAUGACUGCGACAACGAAUCAUAUUUUAUAUAUGACGAUAUAGUAGAAUUAAAAAGUAAAUUGAAAAUAAAGAGCUAUUCCGAGGCCAAUGACUUGUUAUGGUUAAUUAAAAAUAAACACUUUCCACUAUUAAAAGAUAAACUAAUAAUGCAUAAAAUUAUAAAACAACAACAACAAAGUAAUAGUAAGAAUGGUAAAAAAUCAUUUAAUAACAAUUUAAAAAAUUUUAAAUUAAAUAUAACCGAAAAUUCAAUCUAUAACUUUUGUCUUCAAAAUAAAGAUAUCAAUAUUUUUAAAUUAUUUUUCGAAGUCUACGGCAACGAAUAUUUUUGCACAGAGAAUACAAAAAUUAUGGAGAAGGUUGUACAAAGUGGUAGCUUAGAAAUAGUCAAAUAUCUAAUUCAAAAGGGUUUCAAAUUCGAUUCAGAGUCAAUCCAUUUCAGUAUCUCUUUUGGGUUCUUCAAAGUGUUUAAGUUCUUAAUGGAGUCAAUGGCAAAUUCUACCGAGAUCUCAUUAGAAUCAAAUACAAUCGAUUUUGCAAGAGGUGAUCCAGUAUUAGUGGCCAAAAAAUCAAGUACUGGCCAAGAUGUUAUUAAAUUGAGAAAUAUUGGUUUAAAAAUUUUACAUUAUUUACAUGAAAUAUAUCCUGAUAUUGAAUACUCUCAACAGGCUGUAGAUUAUAGCUGUGUUAGUGGUAAUUUAAAAAUGGUAGAAUUUUAUGGUUGUGAAAAAGGAUUGCUUCCAUCAGAAAAGGGCAUCCAGGGUGCCAUUAUAGGAAAUCAUUUAAAUUUAUUAAGAUACUUUAAAGAGAAAAAUUUAUUCAGAGAGUCCGAUAUGUAUACAUUUGGUAUCGAUCAAGCCAUUGCAAAGGGUCAUAUGGAGGCCAUCAAGUUUAUGCACAGAAAUUUAAAUCGUAAAUGGUCCCAUGAAGCAAUUGGUUUUGCUGCAAAAUUCUCAAAAUUUGAAAUCUUAGAGUAUAUGUAUAAGCAUGAUCAAGAUCUAUUUAAAGAGCAUCUCAGAAAUACAAGGGUUUUAAAAAAGGCAUCAUCAGGUGGGGAUAGGCGCACAAUCGAAUAUCUAAUGGGUCUAGGUUUUGCAGGUUCUGAACAUUUGAUAAUAAAAGCAUCAAAAAAGAAUAAUGUCGAAUUAGUAGAAUUUUUUUUCGACCGUUUCAAAACAUCAGUACCAUUUUCAAAUAAAUCAAUUGACUAUAGUAUACAAAACAAUAGUUUAGAAAUGUUUAAAGCUCUAAUGAAAAUUAAAGGUAAAUAUAACAGCAUAAAUUAUAACAGUGGCUACCACAUUGAAAUUAGUGGUAAUUUCAGUAAUGGUAAUAGUUUAAAAUUAAAUAAAUAUGUAAUGCAGUGUAUAAGAAAUAAAAAUCUAGUGCUUUUAAAAUAUGUUGUUCAGCAUUUUCACAAAGAAGGUCUUAGAAUUACCAGUAGAAAAGAAAAUUUAUUAUUAUUUGCAGCCCAACACGAUUUGUCAAUUGUUAAAUAUCUUUUAACAUUACCAGGAUUUAAAGUAACACCAAAUAUUAUAUUUGCAUCAAAAAAUAGAAGAAUGGCAAAGUUUUUAUAUUCAAUGUAUGAUGGCCACUCACCAAUGAAUUCAUUAGUUUUUGAAAAUUCUAUCAAUCAUAGCAACCUAAACUUAUUGAAGUACCACAUUCAAAAGAUUAUAAUCCAUAAGAAAUCUUUGGGUGAGACAGUAUCAAUCAAAGAUAUUUUAUCAGAAAAAGAAGUUUCAAAAAUUGCAUCACUUCCAAAUAAUGCUAAAGCUUUAAAAUACAUUCACAGGGUUUAUAAAAUACCAUUUUCAAACCAAAUCUUAAGAGAUUCUUGUAGUUCAAAUUCACUCGAAAAUGUUAAAUAUGUAAAUGAAGUUUUAGAAAGUCAAUCAGUUAAAAAAUAUAUUAUGGACAGUGCAAUUGACAGUUUGGAGAUAGUAAAAUAUUUAAACUUUCAUAGUAAUCAAGAAUGCAGUACCAAAGCUAUCGAAGAAGCAGCCCAUUUAGAAAACUAUAUGACCGUUAAAUUUUUAUUAGAGAAUAGAAAAGAAGGUUUUACAAAUAAUGCCAGACUUAAAGCAGAAUCAUUUCCAUCUAUUUUAAAGCUUUUAAAAGAUCAUAAUGAUUUAUUAAAAAAACAAUAA